GGCAGGACACCGGCUUCUAAUCCCGCCCCGUUCUGGAGGCUAGUCAGGCCCCGAAUACUAGCGUCAUUUCCGGGGUGGGGUCUUGAACUGGUGCAUUGAAGCGUGAAGCUGAGAGGGACACAGUGGGACUGGGGUGAGGUGAACCUGCUCCCAUGGAGCUGCGGAUCUGUGUGUAUUGGGGUAUCCGUUCUACGUUCCACCUGUGGGGCAGAUAGCACAGAUAGAGGUGAGCCAUGAUCCCCGUAACAGAGUUGCGGUACUUUGCCGACACCCAGCCGGCUUACCGUAUCCUUAAACCAUGGUGGGACGUCUUCACGGACUACAUCUCGAUCGUCAUGCUUAUGAUAGCGGUGUUCGGGGGCACCCUCCAGGUCACGCAAGACAAGAUGAUCUGCCUCCCGUGCAAGUGGGUCACACAUGACUCCUGCAAUGAUUCUUACAGGGCCUGGAAUGCUGCCGAAACCGAUUUCUAUACAAAUUCUACACUGUCGCCCCCAAUUGUGCCAGGACCCACGGGUAUCAAAUAUGACCUGGACAGGCAUCAGUACAACUACGUGGAUGCUGUGUGCUAUGAGAACCGCUUGCACUGGUUUGCCAAAUACUUUCCCUACCUUGUCCUGCUUCAUACUUUGAUCUUCCUGGCAUGCAGCAACUUCUGGUUCAAAUUCCCACGUACAAGCUCAAAACUUGAGCACUUUGUCUCCAUCUUGCUAAAAUGCUUUGACUCUCCCUGGACCACCCGGGCCCUCUCGGAAACCGUCGUUGAAGAGAGUGACCCAAAGCCCGCCGGAGGAAAGAUGAAUGGCUCGGUGGACAAAAAGUCCUCUACUGCAAGUGAAGACGUGGAAGCUACAGUGCCCAUGCUGCAGAGGAGCAAGUCGAGGGUCGAGCAGGGUAUUGUGGACAGGUCAGAGACAGGAGUGCUGGAUAAAAAGGAAGGAGAGCAAGCCAAAGCAUUGUUUGAAAAGGUGAAAAAGUUCCGGACUCACGUGGAGGAAGGAGACAUUGUUUACCGGCUGUACAUGCGCCAGACUAUCAUCAAAGUCAUUAAAUUUAUCAUUAUACUUUGCUACACUGUGUAUUACGUGAGCAGUAUCAAAUUCGAUGUGGACUGCAAGGUGGACAUAGAGAGCCUUACUGGCUAUCGGAUGUACCGUUGUGCACACCCCUUGGCUACGCUCUUCAAAAUCCUGGCCUCCUUCUACAUCAGUCUGGUGGGUUUCUACGGUCUGGUCUGUGUGUACACUCUAUGGUGGAUGCUAAGACGGUCCUUAAAGAAGUAUUCCUUCGAGUCCAUCCGGGAGGAGAGCAGCUACAGUGACAUCCCCGAUGUAAAGAACGACUUUGCUUUCAUGCUGCACCUCAUAGACCAGUAUGAUCCUCUCUACUCCAAGCGCUUUGCUGUGUUCUUGUCGGAGGUCAGUGAGAACAAACUGCGCCAGCUGAACCUCAAUCACGAGUGGACUCUCGACAAACUGCGGCAGAGGAUCACCAAGAAUUCACAGGAGAAACUAGAGCUGCAUCUUUUCAUGCUCAGCGGGAUACCUGACACUGUUUUUGACUUGGUGGAGCUGGAAGUGCUAAAACUUGAGUUAAUACCAGAUGUCACUAUCCCACCAAGCAUCGCCCAGCUCACAGGCUUGAAAGAGCUAUGGCUUUACCACACGGCGGCUAAAAUUGAAGCUCCAGCUCUCGCCUUCCUGCGGGAGAACCUAAAGUCUCUACACAUCAAGUUUACUGACAUCAAAGAGAUCCCCUUGUGGAUAUACAGUCUGAAGAACCUCGAGGAACUCCACCUGACGGGCAACUUGAGUGCGGAGAACAACCGCUACAUUGUUAUCGAUGGCCUCAGGGAGCUGAAGAGGCUCAAGGUUCUGAGACUGAAGAGCAAUCUAACCAAGCUGCCUCAGGUAGUGACCGAUGUCGGGGUCCACUUGCAGAAGCUGUCAGUCAACAACGAGGGGACGAAGCUGAUGGUUCUCAACAGUCUUAAGAAGAUGGUCAACCUGACUGAACUGCAGCUGCUACGCUGUGAUUUAGAGAGGAUCCCUCACUCCAUUUUUAGCCUUCACAACCUGCAAGAGAUUGACUUGAAGGACAACAAUUUAAAGACUAUUGAGGAGAUAAUAAGCUUCCAACACCUACACCGACUCACGUGCCUAAAAUUAUGGUACAAUCACAUCGCCUAUAUACCCAUUCAGAUUGGCAAUCUGGCUAGCCUUGAACGCCUCUACCUGAAUCGCAACAAGAUAGAAAAAAUCCCCACCCAACUCUUCUUGUGCCGCAAGCUCCGGCAUCUGGACCUGAGCCACAAUUCCCUCAGCAGCAUCCCGCCGGAAAUUGGCCACCUGCAGAGCCUCCAGUGUCUUGCCGUGACCGCUAACCAUAUUGAAAACCUGCCGGCUGAGCUGUUCCUGUGCAAGAAGCUCCGUACCCUCAACCUGGGUAACAACAGCCUGCAGUCUCUGCCUUCACGAGUGGGUGAGCUCACCAACUUGACCCAGAUGGAGCUUCGGGGUAACCGUUUAGAGUACCUACCUGUGGAGCUGGGCGACUGUCGGCUUCUGAAGCGUAGUGGUCUUGUAGUAGAGGAAGACUUGUUCAACACUCUCCCCCUGGACGUUAAAGAGACACUUAGCAGGUCAGAAAAGGAGCAGGUGUGAGAGAGAAGUGGCCUGUGCAGAAAGGGAAAGAACUCUUUUUAAAGAAGCCUACAAUUUAUCACAGCAUGGAAGGAGCUUGUGUACACACCUAGCAUGUAGCAGCCCUGAUCUAAGGCACUGCUUCAGACAGGGGGACAUUGUAUUAGAGUGAAGUGUUUCUAGCACUGAAUCUUGUAUCGGAGGGACCUGUUCUACUUUGAAACAUGUUACCAUGGGGUCUUUCCUGGCUGUUAACAAGCCCCCCAGGGUGUGGGUUUAUGGAUGACUCUUGCAGGACAGGAAGGCCCAUCCCAUUCCUGUUUGAACUCCGGAGAAUGCGCUGUCCGCUCUCUAGACCGAUAGUCUUAAUAUACGUUAUUUAAACGGCUUCCCUGUAUUUGGCAGGAAUGCGGGGGCUCCCAUGUAUGUUAUGUCAUUAGCUGCGCCGCUCUCCAUUUGUAAUGGACAACCUCAAUUUCCUGUCGUUUUGCAUGCAAAGUCCACAGCUAUUGAGUCUUUCCCCUGCAGCGCUAAUCUGUCGUUCACUUCUGUACUGCAGAAUCAAGGAACGGUGCCAAAACUGGGGUUUAUGGAAACUGCAAAUCUAACCUAUGUCUUUAAGCAGUAGAAUUUGCUAACUGACGUUGUAUUAGGGCUCAGAAAGUCAUCGGAAAUAUAAGGCAAUUUGCAAAGAGUCUCAUGUAACACGUUAAGGAACAUUCACCAAACAGCACGCUUAUCCUUGGGGGAACCCCAGCUCUGGCAGUUGGAUGGACCAUGAUCAUCACGUUGAACCGAGCCACUCUUCAUCUUUUGCCACAGUUUUCAUUUGCUACAGGUCCUGCUAUAGAACCGCUAAACAAGGGAAUAUUGGGUGACUUAAUCACCCACGUGGCUGCUUUCUUUCCAUGCACUAUAUUGAUUUCAUUGUGGAUAGAGCAAAGAACUCUAUUUACCAACAUACGUGCAGUCUGCAACCAAUCUGAUCCUAUCCCUUGUAGUAGAUUAUAGAUUGGUUGCCAUACAUCAUCUGCAUUCUUAAAUCAGCUCUUGUGUAUGUUGUAUAUUAAGGGCAGGGACUCGCGCUGCUAUUUCGGGAGAUUAGUCACCUAGCGACAAAUCGCUUCUUCUUCGGGCGACUUCCCCGAACUGCCUUCCCGCCGGCUAGAAUGGAAAUUGCCGGCGGGAUGGGACUCUGAACGAUUCGUUUUCUGAAGUUGCCCGAAGUUGCUUCACGAGGAAACUUCGGAAAGCCGAAGCGAUCCAAGUGCCAGCCCGCCGGCAAUUUACAUUCUAGCCAGUGGGAAGGCAGAUUAGUCGCCCGAAGAAGAAGCGAUUUGUCGAUGGGCGACUAAUCUCCCGAAAGAGCAGCGUGUGUCUCUGCCCUUAAGGUUCAUGUGUAUCCUCAUAGGGCAUUUGUUUUUAGAUGGGGUCAGUGAUCCAGGAGUUAUAGGGGGCCCCAUGAGGCCCAAAUAAUGAGCAAUUUAAAUAUAUAUUGGUAAAACAAGACAAUCUCUGGAUGUAUUGGGGGCAGGGCCCAGUAACCUCCAGUUACACCACUGGCCCUGCCCCUGUUAUUGUGCUAUAGCCACAUGCCAUGCCCUAUAGCAAGAGGCCGGAUUACGCCAAUGGUUGACUUGUUCACUUUUUAAACAGAAAUAUUUUUUUUCUAUUUUAACCUACAUAAAACACUACGCGAAACACCUACGUCACUUAAUUAUCAGGAACAAACGACUGCAAUCUCAGUAGCCAAGAUAUUUGUGUUUGUUUCCCUAAGGAAGGGCUCAUUAGCGCAAAUAAUGGGGCCGUUCCUCAGCCGCACCAUUUAGACUCCCUGUUCCACAGCACCCAAUGUUAAAAGGAAAAACUACGCAGCAGGGUGGGUGGCCGCCGUGUCUGACUUUAUCACUGCCAGUCCCUAGCACUGAUAUCUGACCAGCAACAUGCAUACUAGAAAUCAGAACCCAAUCCUAUUCCAGUCCAUAUGCUUCAGAGAGCAGCACCAUAGAUUAGAUGUGACCUGGCAGUUGCAAAGCCCAGUGCAGGACAGUCUUUGGUGCGGUGGGGACGUCACUGUUUCCCUUUAAACCUGUAUUAACCAUGUGACUUGAAACGUGGCAGUUGGUUUAUACAAAAUAUCUCUAUAUUGCUACAACUAUACCCUGACACUUGCUUCAAUCAGGGACAAGUGUAAUAUGAAGGCUGCAACCAGAUCAUUGCUUAUAAUAUUGGCACCCAAGAGACUUUCAGGCAGGGGUUGCAAAACCAUUUUCUUCCUUUAUGGGAUCAAAAGGGAAUUCAGUUGAUUACUGAUAUGAAAUAGUUGUUUUACUUGUUUACUGCUUACAUAAGUGCGUACUGCUAUGUAGGCAGUAUAGAUUCUGCAUUAGGUGCAACUUAAAGGAUCAAAGUAAAGGUAUUCAAACUUCUAGAGUUCUGGCCCCAGAUACCUUUUUGCUCCCCUAACAUGUUACAUGACCAUAGUGGUCACUCUCCUUUAUAUAUUGGAGGAUUUGGGCCCAGAACCCAAAAAGACAGAAGACAAAUGUAAUUUUUAUCACAAAUGUCCUUUAGACUAGCCCCCACCACUCCACUAAUCCGAGCCCCUCUAGCACCCCAACCCUGCAGUUUGGGAAUGUCUGUCUUAAAGGAACAGAAUACUCUUACUCCCAUAUGUACCAAGUUUGCCCAGGAGCAGUAACCAACAGCAGCCAAUAAGAUAUUUGCCUUUAAACAUGGACUUGUAAAUGCUUUCUGCUGAUUGGCCACUAUGGCUUAAUUCUCCUGCAUUUUAUUACAUAGCCCCAUUAUUUAGUACACAAGGGUAAUGUAAGGAUGUACCCCAGAACGUGGAGUAAGUAACCAUCAGUGCUUUAGCUGCAGAGCUACAACUCCCAAUGGAACUAGAGGAGAGAUGUAGUUCUGUAAAGCUGAAUGCUGCAGCUUGUCUGCUCACUUUAUGUGCUUUCCCACCAUGCUCUGUUGUCCUAUUCAGACAGUAGGAGUGCUUGGCUUCUGUUGGAUACCCAUUUUACAGCUAGGGUAUAUUGUUCCUUUAAGAUGGUCUCUAUUAAUUGGUGAGCUCUAUUAAACAUAGUUUGUGGGGUUUUUUUUUAAUGGGGCAACAUUUAUACUCUAAAAUGCACCAAAUGCUGACAAUCAGACAGGGCAUUGGCUUCUUGCAGCCGGAGCAGGAUUUUUUUUUAAGGCAGCACCUGCAGUGUCCAUCCUUCUUCCAGUAGGUGGCAGUGCUGAUCCUUAUUGACACUAACCUCAACUCACAGAGGGUUCCGUGCAUUUGCCUUUAAUGUUACAUAUGAUUUUCAGGAUCACACUCCUUUGCACACACAUUUCACUUUUAACUUGUCCUUUAAUAUAUUUUAGCGUUUUUAAAAAUGUUGCUUUUUUUUUUUAAUUUAUAACUUUUUGUUUUUUGUUUUAAAUAAGGUUUCCAUAGUGAUGUUCUAUAUGGCAUUAAUUAUUGUGCCUGAUUUAACGGGAGUCUCUGCCCUGGAGUCCAAAUUCAGACAGACUUAAUGUUGUUGCCACAUAAUGAUCCCUGUCUUCCAUGCUCUAUGGGUGCUGAUCACCUCUUAGUGCAACCGCGCUGCUUGCAAUCUUUCCUAUGUGUGUGGGUAAGGAUGCAUUGACUCUGUUGCACUGCUCUGCCUGUAUCAGGUGACGCUAGAAUCCCACCACAGUUAGUGUUUGACCCUUUCCUCCAAGAUGGCUCCAUCCGACCCUCUCUGUUUUUAGCUGGAUAGAAAUAUCUAUAUACGAGAAUCUCUUAAUGGCAAAAUGUAUUUCACCUUCUGCAAUUUCCUUUCUUACAUAUUUGGAAUAAAACCCACUUGGUCUCAAA